AUGGAGCCUUUAUCGAAGCUCAAACAACAAUUGCGACGCUCCCCGACAGCGAACAAUGGCGACACUAUUCACGAAGUUGAUCCUGACGCGCCGCCUUAUCUCGCAGAGCCAAACGAAGAUCCAGAAAAACCUGCUCAGAGCUUUGAGGUAGGCGGUAUUGCAAAACUAGAGGCAGCUCAGGCUGUUUGGGGUCGGACGGGCAAAUAUUUUCUUUAUUUUGGCUUAGGUAUGAUGAUGAUUAUAUUUGAGCUUGACAAUGUAUCAACAUCGUCGUAUAUUACAUAUGCUUCGUCCUCCUUCAAUCAACUAUCCAAGGUUGCAACCGUGACAACGGCAACAGGGAUCAUAUUGGCGAUUGUGAAACCGCCCGUUGCUAAGAUAUCUGACGUACUUGGAAGAGCAGAAGCCUACAUUUUCACUAUUACAUGUUAUGUGCUAGGCUAUAUACUCUGCGCUUCUUCUACUACAUUCAACACUUAUGCAGGGGGUUACGUAUUCUACGCCCUUGGCCAAGGAGGAACCUCCUUGUUAGACUCAGUCAUGGUCUCUGAUCUCUCUAACAUGCGUUGGAGAGGCUUUUCCUACAACAUCAUUUAUCUACCAUUCUUGAUCACUCCAUGGGUGGGGGCGCUCAUUGUUGAUAGUGUCGUUGAUGGUAUCGGGUGGCGCUGGGGCAUUGGAAUGUUUGCCAUUUUGAUGCCAUUCACAGCUAGUUUUAUCAUCAUUACCCUUUUGGUGUUCCAGGGACGAGCUCGAAAAGCCGGUAUCAUAUUUACCAAAAAGCUCACUUUUUAUGAGUUUUGUUCGCAGAUUGAUUUAGGAGGCAUUUUCCUUCUAGGUGGUGGCUUUGCAAUGUUGUUGAUACCGAUAACGUUCGCUGCUACAACUACCAGCAGGUGGAGGACCCCCUGGAUAGACAUUCUUAUGGCUCUUGGUGUUGUCGCACUGAUCGCCUUGUACCCUUAUGAGAGGUAUAUUGCCAAACACCCAGUGGUUCCGGUGAGAUACUUUACAAACUUAUCCAUCGUUGUGAGCGUGGCAUUAGGCAUCUUAGAUAAUAUGGGCUUCGGCAUUACGCACACCUAUCUCUAUGCUUGGUCGCUUGUUUCUCACAAUUACUCUGCUCGAAAUGCAAUCUACCUGGCCUAUAUCAAUGGCGUCAUGCAGUGUCUAACCGGUAUGGCAAUCGGUCUUGUCAUGUACAAGACACGUUCCUUCAAAUGGCUUGGAGUUGCAGGCGCGGCGAUUCGCUUGAUUGGAUAUGGGGUCAUGAUUCGUCUCCGGACUAACGCGAGUUCGAUGGCUGAGCUAUUUAUCGUACAAGUUGUCCAGGGAUUGGGCAGCGGCAUUAUUGAGACCAUAAUUGUAGUUGGCGCGCAGAUUGUUGUCCCGCAUGCCGAGUUGGCCCAGGUAACUUCGCUUAUCAGUCUCAGUGCUUUUCUCGGUGACGGUAUUGGCUCUGCAAUAGCAGGUGGGAUAUAUACCGACACUCUCCGUGAACGUCUGCGGUUUCGUCUCGAUACUACGAAUCAAACCGAGAUUGAUACCAUGUUCAACUCCAUCACGGGUACCUUGCCUCUAUGGGGCACACCGGAAAGAACAGCGGUGAACGAAGCUUACUCGGAUGUCAUGGGAUACAUGACGAUUGCUGCCCUCGCAUUAUCUGUACCAGUUUUGAUCAUAUCUUUCUUCAUGCCAAACAACAAGCUUGGGGACGGCCUGAACUUGUACGAAUCCAACCAAGUUGAGGAGCAUUCGGAGGUUACACAACAGAGAGAAAUGCGAACGAAAGAGAGCCGGGGGUAA